ACAAUGGCUACUGCAAAGCAGACCCUGUCGGCUGGCCUGGAAAAGAUACAGCAGUCCGUUGACGGUGGCGCUAGUGCAAAAUUGACAGACCUACAGAGGGACAGCAAGAAUGUCUUCGACUCGAGCAAUCGAAUCACCACCGAUUUUGGCGUCAGGCAAAACACGACUGACGACUGGCUCAAGGUGCACUCCGAGGACCACACUGGUCCCAUGUUGUUGGAAGAUCACGCCGCUCGAGAGAAGAUCAAUCGUUUCGAUCACGAGCGUAUUCCAGAGCGAGUUGUCCACGCCCGUGGUUCAGGUGCUUUUGGCACUUUCAAGUUACACACGAGCCUGGAGCAGUAUACCACGGCCAAAGUGCUCACUGAUACAUCCCGCGCAACGCCUACGUUUGUCCGCUUUUCAACAGUACUGGGUAGCCGAGGGUCUGCAGAUACUGUUCGUGAUGUGCGCGGUUUCUCCAUCAAGCAUUACACACCUGAAGGCAACUGGGACGUGGUAGGGAACAACAUUCCAGUGUUCUUCAUCCAGGACGCGAUCAAAUUCCCAGACGUGAUUCAUGCCGGCAAGCCAGAGCCGCACAACGAGGUGCCUCAAGCACAGUCGGCCCACAACAACUUCUGGGAUUUUCAGUACCUGCAUACAGAGGCAACUCACAUGUUCAUGUGGCAUCAAUCUGACCGAGCCAUUCCGAGAUCGUACCGCAUGAUGCAAGGGUUUGGGGUGAACACCUUCACACUCGACAACGCGAAGGGAGAGAGAUUUUUCGUCAAGUUUCACUGGACACCGCAUCUCGGUGUUCAUAGCUUUGUGUGGGACGAGGCCCUCAAACUGGCAGGCCAGGACCCUGACUUCCACAGAAAAGACUUGUGGGAGGCCAUUGCGAGUGGAGCAUUCCCCAAGUGGGACUUUGGUAUUCAGGUAAUUCCAGAAGGUCAAGAAGACACGUACGAUUUCGACAUUCUUGAUGCCACUAAGAUCUGGCCCGAGGAUCUCGUUCCAGUUCAGUAUGUGGGCGAGCUUGAGCUCAACAGGAACCCAGACGAGUUCUUCCCUCAGACUGAGCAAGUGGCAUUCUGUACUGGUCAUGUCGUCCCUGGCAUCGGCUUUUCCGACGAUCCUCUGCUUCAAGGUCGCAACUUCAGCUACCAGGAUACUCAACUUUCUCGCCUCGGUGUCAACUUCCAGGAGCUACCUAUCAACCGACCUGUUUGCCCCGUCAUGAAUCACAAUCGGGACGGUGCUAUGCGGCACACCAUCACAAAGGGCACUGUGAACUACUGGCCCAACAGAUUUGAGGCAACGCCGCCCGCUGCCAAGAACGAAGAACCAAUGCCGUACGUCGAUUUCCCGGCCAAGGUGGCUGGUAUCAAGGCUCGACUCAGAUCCAAGAAGUUUCAAGAGCACUUUAACCAGGCCCAGCUCUUUUACAACUCGCUAUCUAAGCCAGAGCAGAUGCACGUUGAGUUUGCUCUAAGUUUCGAAUUGGAUCACUGCGAAGACCCGAUAGUUUAUGAAAGGAUGUCUCAGAGACUGGCAGACAUCGAUCUCACGCUCGCGCAAAAUGUCGCUGCCCUUGUCGGAGGCACUGUUCCCGAUAAAGCGGGCCGACCCAAUCACGGCCAAAAGACAAUCAACGUCAGUCAGACCGAGUUCCCCGGAAAGGUGCCUACCAUUGCCACUCGUCGCGUAGCCAUAAUCAUAGCCGAUGGUUUCGACAAGACAGUCUACAACGGCAUCGUCACAGCUUUGAAGGGAGCAGGGGCGCUGCCGUUCACUAUAGCACCAAGACGCUCGGUCAUAUAUGCUGCGGGUGAAACCAAGGACAACAGCAAAGGCACACAGCCUGAUCACCAUCUCGAGGGCAUGAGAUCGACCAUGUUUGACAGUAUUUUCCUUCCAGGCGGAGCAGAUUCUGUGUCGACUCUCCGCAAGAAUGGUCGAGCUCUUCACUGGAUCCGCGAGGCUUUUGCACAUCUCAAGGCCAUCGGAGCCGUCGGCGAGGCAGUGGACUUCGCAAAAUAUGCGUGUGCAUUGCCAGGUAUGGAGUUUUCCGCCAGCGAGGCUGUCACCAAUAGCUAUGGCGUUGUCACAGCCAGCAAGGUGCAAGCGGAAAGCUUCAAAGAGACUGUACAGCUUGCCAAAGGCGCUGUUGAUUUUGUUGGUGCAUAUUUCUAUGCCAUAAGCCAACACAAGAAUUUCGACCGUGAGCUGCAAGGAUUUUGCCAGAUGGUAGCAUACUGA